AUGCCUUAUUCCCUGCGCCCUCGGGUUAGGCCAACCCCCUGCAGCCGAGCAGGUAAGACUGUCGAGUCGUCGGUUCCGGGUAUGGUGCCUAAAGAAAACCCUACAUUUUCCCACUGCCUCGUGGGUCAGACUUUUGAGUUAGAGGCUAGGGUUAAGGUCCCUGAACAAAACCCCACAAUCUCACACUGCCUCGUGACAAAGGCUCGAGGUGGGAUACCUCAACCAAACCCCCUUCCUCGGACUGGGCAACCGGGAAGUAUCAUUUGCCCGCACAGUUCGGCGUCCACCGAUGUCCCUCUCCAACCCCUUCCCACUGCACAAGCAAACGUCGCUGGGCCAUUUGACUGUCAGUCAUCUGACCCAAGGGCCCUAUGCUCCACGCUGCCUGCAAGCCUUAAACAAAAUAACACCUUUCUAAAUCCACGAGAUCCUUUCUAUGUAGGAGCUUUUAACGUCCGUACGCUAUGUCAAAUUGGCAAACAGGCAAUGGUUGCUGAAACCUUGUACUCCCUUAAAAUUGAUGUAUGCUGUGUCUCCGAAACACGCAUACAAGACCCGAGCGUGGUUAUGCAUCUCAAAACGCCAAGGAUGAACUCAGCUCUUUCACAUUUCUCCCUCCGUGUGUCCGGUGACCCAGAAGCGAUGACUGGUGGAAUAUAUGGCGUGAGAGUUGCGCUCAGCCCCAGAGCUGAACGCGCUUUGCUGGAUUGGAUCCCUCGUCUCUGCGACGUCCGGUUAUUUAGUUCAAUCAAUCUCAAUGCCUCGCGGGAUAAAAAGCGGUGCCUGUUUGUCUACAAUUACAAGAAGUAUGGUGCUGAUGAACAUUCCCUCGCCAUAAUCUCAGCCCUACAUGCCAUCGGUUGUGAUAUCGACUUUUUGGUUCACCAACCGGUGAUCAUCUCUUAUCGAGGGAUCUGCUUUCCUCAAUCCGCUAAGGCUGUUAUUGGACUGGGACUUCCUAAGGUCGCAGUCAGUGACUUGUGUUUGCUUGCCAUUGUGGGCUCCCUGCGUACUUAUGACACUUUUAUGCGUGGCACAUGGCGUUGA